GGCAACUGUAUCAUAGUUGAUCCAGUUGAUAGCAAAAUCAUGUACUGAUUAAAAGUUUUGAGAUACGAAAUCUCAUCUAUCUUGGUUUCAAAAUGAAUCAAGCUAAUAUUCAAGCUCAUUUUUUAAGAAAUAUUGAUAUUAGAGGAAUCUGUGAACAUAACUAUAGUUUGAAAACGUAUGAUAACGUACCUAUAACAAAGAUUUUAAUUGCAAAUAUAGAUUCUACAACACCAUACAAGUUACUUGUGAAUACAUUUGCAAAGUAUGGAAGUAUAAUUCAUUGCAUUUUAAAGACACAAAAACAGGUCAAUAGAAACAGAAGACCCCAAAAUCUAUGGCAAUUUGAAGCAGGAAGUCAGAGUCAAAAAAGCUAUGCUUUCAUAACUUACAGUACUGCUAAUGAGGCUCAAAGCGCUAUACAAGCUGGUUUUAAAAGGCAAAUUAUUAUCAAGAGACACUAUUUACGAGUUAUUCCAGCUAAUUCUUGGAAUCAAUUAGAUAAUCCAGAUUCUUAUAAUACAACCGGAAUUUGUUAUUUGUGUUAUGAUAGAGUCCUAAAGACAUACCCUGAUAUAACAUCAAAAAAUGUAUAUAUUAACUACAGUAUAAAAGAUGGGUCUCUUAUUAAUACAUUGAAUAAUGAUUGUCUGCGGCAUAUAAUUAAUUUCCUUCCAUUCUAUGAUCGAGUGAGGAUUGAAAGAGUUUGUCAACGUUGGAAAAUGAUCAGUAAAGAAGCAUGGAAAGAUCAACGUACACUGAAUCUGAAUCCAGUCAAUUGGGGAUUCAAAUCAAGCAAAGAAUUGUUCUUAACAGAUCCUGAUGCAUGUUCUAUUUAUAAAAUCUUAAAAAAGUGUCAUCCUUAUUUAACCAGUAUUGAUUUAUCUAAAUUUUCAAGCCAACUAGGAAGCAGCAUUUUAAUAGAACUUUCAAAAAUGUGUCCAAAGAUAAAAUCUAUUAAUCUAAGAAAUUUAGGAUUUUCACAUUCAGAAAUUAAAGCUUUAGCACUUCGUUGCCUGAAUUUAAAAAGUAUAAUAAUUGGUUAUACUUCAAAUAUAGAGAAGUUUGAUAAUCAACUAUCACAAUUGUUUUCUUCAAAUCAAAAUCUUCAACAAAUUGAUAUAAAUUGUUUUAUAAUUGAUGGGUAUUGUUUGAAACAUUUACCUAGGAAAUCUAUUCAAAAGAUAACAUUAAGAAAUUGUUAUUCUAUUAUAAGUAAUAACACUUAUAAAAUUAUUAAAAAGUUUCCAAAUCUUCAAGUGCUCAAAAUAAUUUGUGCUCCUCUAGAAUCUGAGCUAUAUUUUGAUUUUAUUAAAAGUGUUUGUUUGUGUACUACAUUGGAAGCUAUACAACUUCCAACAUUACGAUAUCCACAAAUUUAUGAACCAAAUUUUCCAGCUUUAAAACCCUUAACUGAGUUGAAAAACCUUACAACAAUUAAUGUGAGAAGAAAUAGCAUUGUAGGUGAUGAAUUUUUGCAAGUUUUGACUAGAAAAUGUCCAAAUUUAAGAAGUGUGGAUAUUAGUGAUUGUUAUCAUCUUACGAAUCUUGGUGUAGAUAGUGUAACAUCAUUACCUAAUCUAGAGUACUUAUGUAUGGAUCGUUUAUUUUACGUCACAGAUAAUGUUUUCUACAAAUCAAUGCAGAAUUUGAAAAUCCUGUUGUGCUCUGGUUGCAUUAAUUUAAGAUCGCUUGGUUUUUCUAUGGUGUUGCAGUCAUCGAAUAAACUUGAAAUACUUGAUCUCUCAUUCUGUCAAACGAUUGGUAAUGAGUGUGUUGUUGAAGCUUAUAAAAUAUGUCGAGAAUCAAAGUGGAGAUGUCUUAAAAUAUAUUUUGAAGGAACAUCGAUAAAUUUAAGUAAUAUAGAUAUGAGUGAAUGUAGGAACUUUUUACAAUUAUUCAAGACAGUGAGGCCGCUAGAAGAAAAUAGUGAAGCAGAAGAAAUGCACUUCUUUAAUUAAAUAAUGUUAUA